AUGUGGAGACCAUUCCAACAUUAUUUUGUGAAUCAUUCUUUUGAUAGCUACUCAAGACAGCAUGAACGAGUUGAUGUUUUAUCACUUAAUCCUAUAGUUAUUGACAACUUAGUAAAUGAUCAGGAACCUGGGAUUCUUUUUAGACCAAAACCAUUUUUCAAUAGUUUUAUAAUCCAUAAAUUAAUAUAGCAUGUCAAAACUAUAGCAAAAUAGCCAAAAUACUAUAAAAAAAGAAAAACCCAAAUUUGAUUUAAAUUUACUGUAUCCUUAUAAUUUGAGGACUGAAGAAAAAAAGGAAAGAGAAAAUAAGCUAAAAGAGCUUCAAGAAAGAGUUAAAAGCCAAAGGGAACUGAUAAAGGAAAGGGAUUUAAUUUCGAAAAUGAAGGGUGAAUUGAGAUCUCAGAGAUAUACUUACGAAAUGAUUAGAAAUAAAGAAAAGAAAAAUGAAGAAAUCAAAAGGAUUAGAGAAAUUAUUGGAAAAAGAAAAUCUAGUCCUAAACAAAUUAAUACUUCCAGGGCAAGAAUUGAUGAUAAUCUAACUCUCUGCGCUUUAAUAGCCAGAAAACCAUUGAAAAAAUGCUUAUUUUGGGGGAAUUGACUCCUUUUAAGAGCUAGCAAAACAUUUUUAAUAUAAACAUUUUAUAUAUAAUUAACUAUUGGGAUUCUAGUAAAUUCUAUUAAAUUUUAGCUUUUGCAUUAUUAAAGUAAAUUUUCUUUGGAUAUAAAACUUAAAAAAAAAUUAAUCCCUUUAAUAGCAAGCAAGAUUUUUCUCCUCUCUUAAAGCAGUAAGCUUUUUUAUAACUGAAAGGGAAAGCAUCAAACGUGCAAACUCUAAAAGAAUCCUUCCCAAUUCUCCAUUAAAAAGUCAAAGAAAAAGUGUAGUAAGCUUUAAACUUAAAGACAUAUCAAAAUCACGUGAUGAAAGUAUCAAAAGAAAUUUAUCGCUCCCUAAAAGUAUUGAUGGAAAUAGAAGCGGCUAG